AAAGCUGCAUAAAACACUUACAGAAACAAAUACUGGAUACAAAUAUAUUUUAUUGAAAAAUAAGAUUCCGUUAUAGCUUCCAUUCAAUCUGGAAAAGGUAUUUUUUUUAGGUACUUUCAGGCACCUGCCAGGACCAUGGUUCCCCCAGCAAGGACAGAAGCUCGGUCUCGGAACUUCAGAGCUUUGAUAGCGCGAGAGCGAGCUUUGGUGCAAAGACAGUAAACUGAUGGACGCCUCGAUGACCAAUCACGGCGACCCGAAGGCAGGAACAAUGGGGGUUAAAGGUCGGGCGGAAGUUUUCGAGACUUCCGGUGGCCGGCUUAAGGGAACGGUAUGGCCAAGCAUCAUCCGGAUUUGAUCUUUUGCCGCAAGCAGGCUGGUGUUGCCAUCGGAAGACUAUGUGAAAAUGUGAGUGAUGGCAAGUGUGUGAUCUGUGAUUCCUAUGUGGCGUCCUGCACCCUGGUGCGCAUUUGCGAUGAGUGUAACUACGGCUCUUACCAGGGGCGCUGCGUGAUCUGCGGAGGCCCCGGAGUCUCUGAUGCUUAUUAUUAGGAGUGCACCAUUCAGGAGAAGGAUAGAGAUGGUUGCCCAAAGAUUGUCAAUUUGGGGAGCUCUAAGACUGACCUCUUCUAUGAACGCAAAAAAUAUGGCUUCAAGAAGAGGUGACUGAUGGGUGGCCCUGUCCUCCCCCUAUCAGGCUGCCACAGCUGCCCAAGAAGACACCAGCAACCAUCAGAAGAGAAGCGGAGCCCAGAGCACCACCAGGCUUGCUUGUCCAAAUACUGGCAUCUUCCUACCCCUUUCCUCACCCCUCACCCAGCCAUAUGGCUGGAAUGGAAAAGGAUUCUUCAUCGAGCACUCUGACAGACUUAUCAGAGAAAAUUUGAUAGAUUCAUUCAUGAUUUUUCUUGUAUUUAAGAAGCAAGGCUUUUGUUCUCUACAUUGAAAUGUUCUCUCUACACGGGAGCUUCUAAAACAGGAAAACAUAAUUUCAGUCUUUUGUUUGAGGAGUUGCCUAUGAAGCUUUCCUUCAUCAUCACAGUGAAAACGUGUCCUUGUAGCAGCUCUGAUGGCAGUCACCCCUAAUGAAACACCAGUGUGUAGCAGGAAGCUAUCAGAACAAUAAAUAUGGGCAUUUUAGCUUGUAAAGCUUACCAGGUGGUGCUGAUUUCAUGUUAUUUUUCUUUUAAGAAAUGGGAAACUCUGUUGCCAUUGUAUUAAUAAAGUUGGUGUUUAUUUUCUGGUA